AUGAAAAUUUUUAUUAGUCUUAUUACUACCUAGGUUAUUUCUACAAUCAUUGCAUUAACAGAGUUUGAAGAACCAAAGGAAAUAAUAACAUUGGCUUUAGAGCUAAUUGGAUUGUUGGUAUUGUUAUUGCUUAACAAAUAUAACCUUUCAGAACUUUUAUAAAGAGUUAUUCUGUUGGGUUAAGCAAUCUUAGUUUUUAUUUUGAUGCCAGAUUCGCAAUAUAAAUAUUUCACAGGUGCAUACCAUAUAAUAGUUCGUUUAACAGCCUAUCAAUAAGUUUCUCGAGUUUUAAUGCUAGAAUGGACAGGUAUACAUUUAAAAAUAUGUGAAAUAGCUUUACUACUUAUUGUAUUCAUUUUUGGAACAUAGAUUGAAAUACAUGAAAUUUUUCGUAGUAUUUUUUGUUUUUUUGGUUUAUUGAUAAUCCAAGGUUUUCAGGUUUAUACAUAGUUAGAAAAAGAUUAAAGAGAACCAGAAAUCACGGUAUAUUCAAAAGUAUAGUAUACAGGAUGUGAUUCUAAUCCUAGAAGCUUAAAUGAAGGAAAUUUAGAUCCUACUUCCUAUGUGUUACAUUUAGAUGAUUAAUAUAAUAUAAUAGGAUUCUAGAAAUAGAGUUCAACUCUUUAAAUUUUAGAAAGUGGUUUGAAAUCAAUUCUAAAUGAUUUAAUAAUCAAAAAAAUUGAUUCAAAAUCUAAAUCUAUACUAUAAUGGAAGAGCUCUAGUAGUCUUUAGAAUUUACUUGAUUAAAUAAGAGCUAAUAGAAUUCCAAUGGUGAUUCAAAUUUUGGAUUAUAGUCAUCCCUAGAUGAAUAAUCAAUUCAUAAAAAUAAUUUAUUAAAAUGAUUUCAAAAUAUAAUUUUUGGAAUUAGAAGAAAGAGAUAGAUUUUAAAAACAGAAAUAUAUAUUUAUAAUUUUGAAGUAACUUUUAAGUACAAUGUCACAUGAAUUUGGAACUUCUUUAAAUUAUUUAUUGGCUAUAGCUUAAGUAGCUAUAGAAAAAUAUACUGAUUCUGAUUUGCUUUCUUAUUUUAUGCCAAUAAAAUCAAUGGGAUUAAUCAUGCAUAAUUUUGUAUUGGAUAUGGUAGAUUACAAUAAUAUCUAAGGAAAGAAAUUGGAAUUACAAUUAGAAAAGAUAGAUGUAAAGUAACUUUAAUAAAAUAGAUUAAUUAAUUAUUGGAAGAAGUUACAAAUAUCUUUUUCCAUACACUUUAAUAAAAGGGACUGAAAAUCACUUAUGAAAUCUUUUUAGCUGAGAAAACAAUUCUAACAGAUGGAAGAAGAUUAAAAUAAAUUUUGAUUACAUUAAUUUAGAAUGCAUAGAAGUUCACUUUUUCAGGAGGUAUAAAAAUAAUAGUAAAAUCAAUUGAAUAAAAUAAAUAUGUUUAAUUUGAAAUUUAAGAUACAGGUAUAGGUAUGACAAAAAGUGAAAUUGAUAGUCUAACAGAGAUGUUAAAAUAUGAUUAUAAAUAAGAAAAGAAGAUAUCAAAAAAUACUGCAGGAUUUGGAUUAGGCAGUUUUUUAUGUAAUAAAAUAGCCAUUAGCUUAAGUAAUCUAAAAUAUGAAGAAGGAGGUGGAAUAAGAUAUUAUAGUGGAUAAGAAAUUAAAGGGACGAAAGUAGUUUUUAAAAUUAUUAAUGAACCUUUUAGUAUUAGUUAUACAAUAACUGUUACUUAAGAUAAUUCAAGUGGAAUAUUGAAAAUUGGAAAAAAUGCCAUAAUAGAUCUUAAAUAAUCUUAGAUUGAGCUAGGAUUAAGUGCUACAAAAUAUCCUUUUAUAAAAAAAUAUAGUAGUGUAAUGGUACCUAAAGUGAAUAGUUUUCAUGAUGAUCCAGUAGUAGAACAUUUUAUGAAGAAAAUCAAGACAAAAGAUAAAAUAGGAACUCUUUAUGGUUUUUAAAUGCAAUAAACAAAAAAAGAUUAAGAUAGUAUCAAUGAUGAAACUAAUUAAGAAGACUAUUAAAAAAGAUUAUAAUUUUAAAAUAUCAAAUAAUAUACUCUACCUUAAUAAAAUAGAUCUAGCAAAUAAAGUUCAUAUAAUGAGAUUGAUAAUGUAAUUGUUAAUUGUAAUUGUAAAUCAAUUCUUAUUGUUGAUGAUGAGAUGAUCAAUAUCCUUGGUUUAUAACUUAUGCUUAAAUCUUUUAAUUUAGAAUCAGAUUCAUCUUACAAUGGUUAAGAAGCACUUACAAAAUUAGAAAAUGGUAAAUUAUAUAUCAAAUAUUUAUUUAGCUCAUUGUUAAUACAGUUUUAUAUUUAUGGAUAUUAAUAUGCCUAUUAUGGAUGGAUUUGCUUCGACUAAAGCUAUUUUAGAGAAAUAUAAAUAAGAUGCUCCAAUUAUAAUUGCUUGUACUGCAUUCACUGAUAGUGAAACAAAAUAAUAUUGUUAUGAGAUAGGUAUGUCUCAUUUUAUUAAUAAACCUGUCAAUAAAAAUGAACUUCAAAAACUUUUAUGUUAUCUUAUUAACUGA